UAGCUUUAUAAGAAAGCUGCGGCUUUGCUUUUGACCGCUUCGUACACGAUGGCCAUAGCCAGGACUGCAGGUGGAAACGCCGCCUUCCACAACUUCCACAAUGACCUCACGCAUAUCCAAGAUCCGAACGAGCGGCGGCGACUCGCGCUGGCCCAGAUUGACGAAGCUCCGUUUGGGUGGUAUCAUGUGCGCGCGUGUGUUGUCGCCGGCAUUGGCUUCUUCACCGGUUCAUACGACAUUUUCGCGAUCAAUUUGGUCACUGCUAUGUUGGGCGUUUCUUUCUGGCAGAAUUCCACAUCUCAGGGCUUUAUUCCCAGUAACUCGGAUACGGCGAUCAAGGUUGCUACGUCUGGUGGAACGGUGCUGGGCCAGCUUUUCUUCGGUUACCUUGCCGAUGUUGUAGGUCGUAAGCGUAUGUAUGGGCUGGAGUUAAUCAUUAUCAUAUUUUCGACUCUGGCGCAAGCUCUCUCCUCAUCUUCACAGGCUGUCUCUAUUGUUGGGCUCAUCAUCUUCUGGCGUGUUCUCAUGGUG